GAUAAUCCAAGAUUUUUAAUGAAAAUCUUAGACUUAUAAAAGUAGGUUUUUAAACCAUUUGAUAUUGGAUCACCCGCUCAAACCCGAAUAUAUUUUCUUCAUCGUCUCUCCUCUUUCCCAGUACUGUAACAGUUGCAAAAAUACAGUAACAGCUAUGGAUUCUUCAAAUAAUAAUUCUCCUCAAUCUGUACCUUAUAUUACUAGUAACAAUCCUCUUCAGUUCACCAUUCAUUUGCCCAAUUUAAACCCUAAUUCUACUCCCAAUUUCACUCCAAUUCCAAACCCUAACCCUAAUUCUAAUUCAAUUUCAGACGAGCUUCUUUCUCUCUCUAUUCCGAGGAAAAGGAGACGAGGUAGGCCCCGAAAUUUACCUUUGAAUCAGGUAUAUCACAAUUUCCCCAAUUCUUCAAACACUUUAAUAAAUUCGAAUUUUGUGGGUAAUUUAAAUGCUGUUAGAACGAUUACUGCUAAUGAUACUUCGGAUGAGAUUAUUGUAAUAAAUAAAGAGGCAACGACUGAGGCGUUAAUCGCUUUAACGGCUGGUUUUCCAGCUGAUUCUUUGACUGAUGAGGAAAUUGAAGCUGGGGUUGUUUCUGUAGUGGGUGGUAUUGAACAGGUUAAUUAUAUUCUUAUUAGGAACCAUAUAAUUUCCAAAUGGCGUGAAAAUGUGUCGACUUGGAUAACAAAAGAGAUGUUCAUCGAUGUUAUACCUAAGCAUUGUAGUGGUCUGUUGGAUUCUGCUUAUAAUUAUGUGGUGUCGCGUGGGUAUAUUAAUUUUGGAGUUGCACCGGUUGUUAAGGAUAGGAUUCCGGCUGAGCCGAGUAAGGGUAGCGUGAUGAUUAUUGGGGCGGGACUUGCGGGGUUGGCUGCAGCGAGGCAGUUGAUGUUGUUUGGGUUUAAGGUUACGGUUCUGGAGGGAAGAAAGCGUGCCGGUGGAAGGGUGUAUACGAAAAAGAUGGAAGGCGGGAAUAAGGUGGCUGCUGCUGAUUUAGGAGGGAGUGUGUUGACGGGGACGCUAGGGAAUCCAUUAGGUCUCUUGGCACGACAGCUAUCUUACACGCUUCAUAAGGUUAGAGACAAAUGUCCACUUUAUCGUGUGGAUGGGAAGCCAGUUGAUCCUGAUUUGGAUCAGAAGGUGGAGGCUGCUUAUAACCUACUUUUGGAGAAGGCAAGCAAGCUCAGGCAGUUAAUGGGAGAAGUUUCUCAGGAUGUUUCUCUUGGAGCAGCAUUGGAGACAUUCCGUCAGGAUUAUGAUGAUGGAGUGAAUGAAGAGAAGAUGGGUUUAUUUAAUUGGCAUCUUGCUAAUCUGGAAUAUGCAAAUGCAGGUCUGAUUUCUAAGCUUUCUUUAGCAUUUUGGGACCAAGAUGACCCCUUUGACAUGGGAGGGGAUCACUGCUUCCUGCCCGGAGGAAAUGGAAGACUAGUUCAGGCAUUGGCCGAAAAUGUACCUAUUCUUUAUGAAAAAAUUGUGCAUACCAUUCGUUAUGGUAGCGAUGGCGUACAGGUUGUCGCUGGGGGACAAGUAUUUGAGGGAGAUAUGGCACUGUGCACUGUUCCCCUUGGAGUUCUGAAAGGUGGUUCUAUUAAGUUCAUUCCAGAGUUGCCUCAGCAGAAGCUUGAUGGAAUAAAAAGAUUGGGAUUUGGAUUGUUAAAUAAGGUUGCAAUGCUUUUCCCAUAUGUGUUCUGGGGCACUGAUCUCGAUACCUUUGGGCAUCUUACUGAUAAUUCUAGUAGCAGGGGUGAGUUCUUUCUGUUUUAUAGCUAUGCAACCGUUGCUGGUGGUCCCUUAUUGUUAGCUCUAGUUGCUGGAGAAGCUGCACACAAGUUUGAGACCAUGCCUCCGACCGACGCAGUGACAAAAGUUCUUCAAAUUCUAAAAGGUAUAUAUGAACCGCAAGGAAUUGAAGUGCCAGAGCCGAUCCAAACUGUCUGUACAAGAUGGGGAAGUGAUCCUUUCAGCUUGGGUUCUUACUCUAAUGUUGCAGUAGGGGCAUCGGGAGAUGACUAUGAUAUUUUAGCAGAAAGUGUGGGCGAUGGCAGACUUUUCUUUGCUGGCGAGGCCACUAAUAGGCGCUAUCCAGCCACUAUGCAUGGAGCUUUUCUUAGUGGGCUUAGAGAAGCUGCGAAUAUGGCCCACCAUGCUAAGCUCAGAACCAUGAGUUUGAAGGUUGAGAAAAAACCAUCAAGGAAUGCUUAUUCUUAUGCUUCUGUUCUGGCGGAUUUAUUUAGGGAGCCAGACUUGGAAUUUGGUAGCUUUUCUAUAAUUUUUGCUAGAAAGAGUUCUGAUCUAGAGUCACCAGCAAUUUUGAGGGUGACUUUCAGUGGAACCCAAACGAGGAGUCAUGAUGGGAUAAGGCCUAAUCGACAUCUUUCUAACAAGUUACUCUUUCAGCAGCUUCAGUCCCACUUUAAUGACCAGCACGAGCUUCACGUUUAUGCCUUGUUAUCCAAGCAACAAGCCCUUGAGCUUAGAGAGGUCAGAGGUGGUGAUCAGAUGAGGCUGAAUUUCCUUUCUGAGAAGCUUGGGGUGAAACUGGUUGGUAGAAAAGGUUUGGGUCCAUUGGUUGAUUCUAUAAUUGCCUCAAUUAAGGCUGAGAGAGGCAGGCGCAAACCUGGGUCCAGGUGUCUUACGCUUAAAUCUGGUGUCAUGAAGUCAAAAGCCACCACUCUCAGGCAGAAAAUAGUUCGAAAGGCUAAAAUAGUAGGGGGAGGCAAUAGAACCACUUCUUCCACUGCAGAGAGCAGCAGGAUUAAAGCAGUUGGCAACAGCUCCACCUCGAUCCCUCCAACAAAUGUUACUUUGGAAUCUAAACCAGUUUGCACUAUUGAAUCUAUAGCUUCUCCAAGUUUGAAUAUUGGUGUAAAUGACAACACGGGGUCAAAUUCAUUGGGUAGUAGUUACAUAUAUCUGCUUCCGAAUGCAGGUAUUGGUGAUAAGUUUGAGAGUGAUAUUGGUAAUUCUACCCCUCCCAUUUUGGAUGCUGGAGAAAAGACAGGAAGCAAUAUUAAUGGCCCUAUUUAUCCCCAGAGUACAUAUGAUGAUAGCACGAAUACAUAUGCUCCGCCUUCCAGUGGAAAUUCGGCUAGUUAGUACACAACAUGUUGUAGUAGCAGACAACUAUAGAAGCUAUUGAGAGAACAUCCUGAUGUUGGUGGAUGUGGAGUCGAUGACUUUUGAAGUACUACAAGAGUUUAUCCGCAAGAGAUGUAACUCUCAUCUGGAAGAGUCAUCACAUAAGAGUCUUAAUGGAGUUUAUUAGUUUGAAAAUGAAAAAGAAAACUUCAUAAAAUGCAUUGAGAAAAAGAGUUGCAAGACUUGACCAAGUUAGAUGAAAGAAAUCUAAGUAAACACUUUCUUUA